AUGACAUCGUCCGCCAAGCAUAGCAAGAUAGUGGAGUGUGCUCUUUCCUCCAUAGAUUCCAACUCGGCCUCAGAUGGAACACACCACUAUAAGUUGGGACAAGCAGUGGCUUCUCUUAAGGAUGAAGGUGUCCUCAUCAUUGGUUCUGGAAGCGCAACGCACCCUGUGAAUAUUACCCCUCCUUGUUCUGAUGGAGUUGCUCCGUGGGCUGCAGCUUUUGAUCACUGGCUUGAAACAGCUCUAACAAAUGGAAGGUAUGAAGAAGUGAAUAAAUAUGAAACGAAAGCGCCAAAUUGGAAAUUGGCUCAUCCGUGGCCUGAGCACUUCUAUCCACUGCAUGUAGCCAUGGGUGCUGCUGGUGAAAAUUCGAAGGCAGAACUCAUUCAUAAAAGUUGGGAUGGUGGUAUCAUGUCGUAUGGCUCCUAUAAGUUCACUUCCACCUAAAUAUCACCACUGUAUACUUGUUUUUCUAUUUGUACCAUCUCUUUAGUUCAUUGGUAAUCUCUUCAAGGAUGAAUAAAUCAGAUGAAUCAUGCAGUAU